AUGGAUCAACCAUAUUUGGAGACACAUUUGGAUCAAUCGCAUCACCCGAAUGUUCAACAACAAUCGCAACUGCAACCGCAACAACCAACACCAAGUCAACAACAUUUAUUACCUCAACAACCUUCUUUGCAAUCUUUAAUAUCCAAUUUUUCUUCACAACAAAAUCUAUUACAUCAAGAUUCAAAUAAUAAUCAUCAAUUAUCACCACAUCAACAAUCUGUUUUGCCUCAACAACAUUUAUUUAAUGAUAGAUUUCAACAACAACAACAACAACAAAUCCUGGGGCAACAAGGUGUAGGUUUAUUACCUCAAUAUCAAUUACAACAACAAAGACAACCAAUACCUCCUCAUCCAACUACUUCAUAUUUUCCUAUACAUUCGAAUUAUUUGCCAAAUAAUUCACAACAAACUUCCUAUUCAUUACAAAAUCAAUAUGUUUUACAACCACAACCACCUCAACCUUUAAGACAAACAAGUUAUGAAACUAAAUAUGAAGAUCAACAACAACAAAGUUCAAAUUCGAAUAAUACUACAAAUUCAAGAGAUACUCAAAGUAGUCAAAAUAAUAGAGAUAUUUUGAGUUAUAAUAAUAAUGCUAAUUCUGCAAAUGAUAAAAAUUUAGUUGCACCAAUACCUCCAUUACAUGUUCAACAUCAAAUGUUUGUCAAACAAGAGGCAAAUAAUGAAAGUGAUAACCAAAAUCAAUCAAACUCAACUACAAAUUAUUUAUUAAGUUCUAAUAUUUCGAAUAACGAAAAUCAACAAAUGGUCAGAUCAAGUUGUACAAGAUGUAAUAAAGAAUUUGAUCAACCAGUUAUAAUUCCAAAAGUUAAUGAUGCUUCAGGUAGUUCAAAAUCAUUGACAACUCCUAAAAUUUUUAAAUUAUGCCAACAUUGUAGAGAUUUACAACGUCAAAGAUCAAGAAGAUGGCAAAAAAAGACAAAAGAUAAAUUAGGUGUUUGUCGUAGAUGUGGUUCAGAUAUACCAAUUGAAGAAAGAAAAUUCGUUUUAUGUCCAAGUUGUAGACAAAAUUUACGAACUCGAAAAGCAAAUCGAGCUGCUCAAGGGAAAUGUGUACAUUGCUCUGGUCCAUUAGAUGCUUCAAUUUUAUUAAAAGAUGAAAAGGGUAAUAUUGUAACUGAAAAUUUAAGUGGUGGUAAUAACCCAAUUCAUGAUGAAAAUGGUAAUGAAAUUUUGGCUAGUAGAAAGACAAAAGGUAAUGCAAAUAAUUAUAAAGUUUGUCAAAGAUGUAGAGAAAAUGAUAAAAUACGAAGAACAAAUUUGGAAAAAAUGGGUAAUUGUAAUCGAUGUACAAAAGCUCUAGAUCCAAAUGAUUAUGGUCGACAUAAAGUAUGUUCAAAUUGUAGAUCAAAAAAGAAGAAAACAACAACAACAAAAUCAAGUCGUAUUUCAUCAAGUCCAACUUCAUCAAGUCAACAUCUGCCAUAUCAAGAACAAAUUCAACAACAACAACAUAUUGCUCAACAUCCAAUAACUACUUCAACUAUUCCACAAUAUGGUACUACAUUACCUUAUGGUCAACAAUCUUAUGUUCCAAUUGUAACACAACCAUAUUCAAGUCAACCUUUACCACCACCUCAUUUACAUCAAUCAAGUUACCAAAAUUUAGCACUCCAUCAACCAUAUAUUCAACAACAACAGCAACAUCAAGAUUAUUAUACUCAACAACAUCAACAUCAAUAG